AUGGCAGAUGUUCACACAGAUGCAGCCACCCAGUUCAAGACCAGCCUGGCGAAGCUAAUGGAGAUCCUCAUGUCCAAGGAGCCGUCGUACGUCCGCUGCAUCAAACCAAACGAUGCCAGCAAGCAGACCCUGACCCUGACCCUUGACCUGACACCAGGGCGGUUUGAUGAGGUGUUGAUCCGUCACCAGGUCAAGUAUCUGGGUCUGAUGGAGAAUCUGCGUGUCCGCAGGGCCGGCUUCGCUUACCGCCGCCGCUACGAGGCCUUCCUGGAGAGGUACAAGUCUCUGUGCCCGGACACGUGGCCUAGCUGGCAGGGGCGGCAAGUGGAUGGAGUCUCCACGCUGGUCAAACACCUGGGGUACAAGCCUGAGGAGUACAAACUGGGGCGGUCCAAGAUCUUCAUCCGUUUUCCGAAGACCUUGUUUGCUACUGAGGACGCUCUGGAGACCAGGAAACACAGCCUGGCCACCCAGCUACAGGCAGGAUGGAAGGGCUACAGCCAGAAGUCCAAGUUCCGCAAACUCAAACACUCAGCGAUCGUGAUCCAGGCCUGGUGGAGAGGCAUCCUGGCUCGCAGACGAGCCCAGAGGAGGAGGCAGGCAGCCAACACCAUCCGCAGGUUCAUCAAGGGCUUCAUCCACCGGCACCAGGAGCGCUGCCCAGAGAACGAGUACUUCCUGGACUACGUGCGUUACUCCUUCCUGAUGAAGCUGCAUCGCAGCCUGCCCCGCACCGUCCUGGACAAGAGCUGGCCCACGCCUCCGGCCGCGCUGACACAGGCUUCGGAGCAGCUCAGGAAGCUGUGCAUGCAGAACCUGGUGUGGAGCUACUGCAAGAACAUCAGCUCUGAGUGGAGACACCAGAUGGAGCAGAAGAUGGUGGCCAGUGAGAUCUUCAAGGAUAAGAAGGACAACUAUCCCCAGAGUGUCCCCAAGCUGUUUGUGGGCACGAGACUCAGUGGAGAUGAGAUCAACCCCAAGGUGCUGCAGGCUCUGGGGAACGAAAAGAUGAAGUAUGCGGUGCCGGUGACCAAGUAUGACAGGAAGGGCUACCGGGCUCGUCCGAGGCAGAUGCUGCUCACCGCCAGCAGCGUCAUCAUCGUAGAGGAGGCCAAGCUCAAGCAGCGCAUCGAAUACACUGCCCUGAAAGGUAUCUCUGUCAGCUCUCUCAGCGACGGAGUCUUCGUUCUGCACGUGCCCAGUGACGACAACAAGCAGAAGGGAGACGUGGUCCUCCAGAGCGAGCACAUCAUCGAGACCCUCACCAAGGUGGCCAUCUGCUCAGACAAGGUCAACAGCAUCAACAUCAACCAGGGCAGUAUAAAGUUCAGUGUCUCUCAGGGGAAGGAGGGGAUCAUAGACUUCACAUCUGGCUCAGAGAUGCUGGUGGCCAAGGCUAAGAAUGGACACCUGUCUGUGACGGCUCCCAGGCUCAACUCCAGAUGAUGGCCACACCCACUUGUCUGAAAGACGCUUCUUGAAAGACCUCGCCGACACACCAAUCACAAGACAGCAGACCACAGCCGGUUCCUGCCUAUAAGCCAAUCAGAUACCAGCCCUGGCUUGUGCUUCCAAUUAAGAAAGUCCAGCAAACUAAUUGAUAUUUAUGUUUAUAUAUAUUUUUUGGGGGGGAUUAAUACUGUUGCUAUUUGAAUAUUAUGAUUUUAUAUAUGAAGCCAAAGAAUAACAAUAUUAAGGUGCCUUUUUUCAUACUCUUAAGUGUGAUGCUUUAAUUUGGGAACAAGCGAAUAUUGACGAUGAUUUCUGGAUGAGAGCGAUGGAGACCGCAGAUCUCGUGCGGUCCAUGAAGAUCAGGCUUCAUCUGUCUGUUAUUCCUUUCUUUAACUUUCUUUCCUUUGUUUGCUAAGAUUUUUUCACAAUAUCUCCUUUCUGAAGAUCCCGUAGUGUGUUCUGUCUAACAGCGUGAGAAACGUGUGUUUAACACGUAGACAUGUAGAACACGAAGGAGGUCCGGGGCAGGUAGAGAGAUCUAGAACACCAAAGACAGUUAGAACUUGGGAGCACUAGAAAGACAGAUCUGAAACGCGACAGAGAUGUAGAACGCGGAGGGCUCUAGAAAAAGAGGGUUCUAGUACCAGAUUUAGAUCCAGAACAGGGAGAGCUCUAGAAGGAAGGUGAUAGUACGUAGGCUAGGUAGCCUGGAGACCAGAACAGACUGAAAGUCAUGUCAAACUGAUACCAACACACCAUCUCUCUCUCUCCACCCCAACACACCAUCUCUCUCUCUCUCUCCACCCCAACACACCAUCUCUCUCUCUCCACCCCAACACACCAUCUCUCUCUCUCUCUCCACCCCAACACACCAUCUCUCUCUCUCUCCACCCCAACACACCCUCUCUCUCUCUCCACCCCAACACACCAUCUCUCUCUCUCUCCACCCCAACACACCAUCUCUCUCUCUCUCCACCCCAACACACCCUCUCUCUCUCUCCACCCCAACACACCAUCUCUCUCUCUCCACCCAACACAAAUGGGCAACUCACCUUUGGCCAUUUUCGUUCAGUGUUGAACGAACCAGAGGUUUUGUGGCACUGAAUCUCCAGUGACUUCUCAACAUGGGAGAGCCUUCCUCCACUGUGUGUCUCUGUGUGUGUGUGUGUGUGUGUGUGUGUGUGUGUGUGUGUGUGUGUGUGUGUGUCUGUCUGUGUGUGUGUCUGUGUGUGUGUCUGUGUAUCUGUCUGUCUGUCUGUGUGUGUGUGUGUGUGUGUGUGUGUGUGUCUGACCCCUCCCUCUCUCUGCUUCUUCUACUACUGUCUCUGCAUCCCGGGUCACCCCUGACCUCUGACCCCUGGACAGCUCUGGACAGGGGAGACAGGAGCACUGGGCUGCUGCCCCUGUGGACACCUGCAGAUCAGGACCUCAGCUCCAGGGUUGACCUUUGACCUAGCGUGUGUUCUGUUCCACGAAAGAGCCUAGAGCCAAGUGAGGAAGGCGUGUGUGUGUGUUCCCAGUGCCUUGUGUUUGAUAGAAACAGAGAUCCAGUGGGAACAUGGUGACAGACACCUCCGUAACGUCAUAGCUGGUUCCCCAGAACUGAUCGACUUUGUAGUAAGCAGUGUCAAGCAGACUCCUCUUUUGUAACGUUUCUCUGUCAAGCCUGUCUUCAACCAAAUCUUAUGUUAUGAUUUAGAAAGACAGUUUACCUGUCCUCCUGGGUAACUGUGUAGACAGCCAUGUAUAAUUACGCAAACACACUAAGAUACUAAAAAUAAAUCAAAAACCUGCA